GAAAAUGUUAAUUUAAAUAAGCAAACAAACAAUAAUAAAUUCAUUUUCAGAAACUAAAAUAAACAUUUUCUACAACAUUAAAAGACAUGGCGCUGUUGCUUUUUGCAAUUACGUCAUUGCUGGCAUUGUCUGCGAAAGCUGAAAUAAAGAGCCAUGUAUCUUGCGAACGCGACUACUACAAAAUGGGAUGCUUCAAAGAGUUUCAUGAUCCAACAACGCAUAGUUUGUUAAUCACCGAUAAAGAUGAUCAAAGUGAAUCGUACCAAGGUUUUGAACUGGAUUGGGACAAAAUGAAAGAGUCGAUACACAGUAUUGCAUGUAGAUGCUCAAAAAAAUCUAAAGAAGAAGGAUAUGAUUUCUUUUAUAUUAUUCAUUGGGCUGAAUGCUGGUCAAGCAAAAAAUUAAAUGUUAUAAAUGAUAUUGGUAAACAAUCACAAAGAUCUUCCAAAUGCUUCAAUGCAAACUUUUUAGAAUGUGAUGAUAAGCAUCCUGAAGAAUGUGUUGGUGGUUCUGAAGAAAAAACAAAUGCUGUUUACCUCUAUAAAGUCAGUAGUUCAUCUCAAAGCACAGACGUUGCUAUUGACGGAGGUUUAUCAGAAUGGAGUGAGUUUUCAGAGUGUUCUGCUACAUGUGGAGAUGGAAUUAAAGAAAGAGAGCGAACUUGCACUAAUCCAGUUCCCCAAGGAUCCGGAAAAGGAUGCUCAGGGGAAUUGUCUGAAGCUGUUAAGUGUAACUUAGCCAAAUGCAAAGACUUUACUUCUGAAAACCAGCUAGUGAAGCUUAAUGAAGCCUUCUUAAUGGAAAAAGAGAUUCCAAUUUCAAAAGGAAACUUGGUUGCAACCUUCGAAAGACUUAAUAAAGAAUACUCAGUUUCAUUUGAAGUAAAACCAACAGCUUUUCAAAGUGGUUGGAAAAGUGUCAUCCAUUUGACUAUUGGAGAGAAUAUUUUGAAUUAUGGAGAUCGAAACCCAGGAGUGUGGUUUCAUCAAAGCGGAGCAGGAAAUUUGCACAUAUGUUCUGCAGUAAGUGGCAAUCGAAAUCUUUGCAAAGAUACUAUUGCUGUCGAACUUGCAAAAUGGUCCACAUUUAAGAUAUCACAAGAAUUCAUUGAAGGAAGAUACAUGUACACAAUUGAGCAUAAUGGGCAAAAAAUAUUUAAAGAGGAAAAUAACGAUGCAAGAGAUUUUUUAAAUGUUAAAGUGUAUGUUUCAGAUCCCUGGUAUGAUGUGCAACCUGGAUUUAUCAGAAAUCUUAAAAUAACCAAUGGAAAUCCAGGUACAUUAGUUAAAGAUAUUGAAACAAAAUUAGAAGCAGGAAAGUUAUUGGCUGUUUUACCAGUCCUUGAAAAUCAAUUUAAGGUUUCUUUUGAUGUGAAACCAAACUCAUUUGCUGUUGGAUGGAGAAAUGUUAUUCAUUUUACAAUUGGUUCUGACAUUACAACUUAUGGAGAUAGAGUUCCAGGUGUGUGGUUUCAUCAUAGUGGAAAUGGAGGUCUUCAUAUUGCAGCUCCAAUUAAUGGUAAUUUGAAUCGGUAUUUUGACACAAACCCAAUUCCAUUGAACCAAUGGACACACAUUGAAGUAAGCCAACAACUUCAAGCAAACUCAUACAUUUACAAAAUUAUGUUAAAUAAUGUUGAAGUUUUUUCAGAAAAUAACCUUCAACCUAAGAGUUUUAAAAAUGUAAAAGUUUUUUGUUCUGAUCCAUGGUAUCCAGUACAAGAUGGUUCAAUAAAGAACUUAGUUGUUGUCAAUGGAAACAUGAAUACACCUUUAUCCAAUGAUGCUAUUAUGUGGCCUUCAGUUGGUUUGAUUAGUAAACCAAAAGAAAUGAAGUUGGAACAAGGACAAUUGAUUGGAACAAUGUCUCUGUUAAAAAAAGUAUAUACAGUAUCUUUUAAGAUAAAGCCUGUUACAUAUUCUAAAGAAUGGCGAAGUGUUAUCCAUUUAACUACCGAUCAAAACUAUGGAAAAUAUGGUGAAAGAAAUCCUGCAGUUUGGUUUCAUGAGGGGGGCUCUGGAAGAUUAGCUGUUUUUACAGCAUUAAAUGAAAAUAAUAAUGCAUACUUUCCUACUGAUGUCUUUCCUUUGAAUAUAUGGUCAUCUGUAAAAAUACACCAGUACCAGAUUAAAGAUAUAUUUUAUUUUAGUGUAGAUGUUAAUGGAAAAAAUAUUCACACUGUAGAAAAUAAAAAACCAAUAGAAUUAAAGAACGUUAAAGUUUAUGCAUCUGAUCCAUGGUAUAAUGCUCAAGAUGGUUUCAUCAAAGAUAUUCUUAUCUUUAAUGGAAACUCAGAUCAGAUUAUUAAUGAUGAAGAAACCCCUCUAAAUAAAGGGAAAUUAUUAGCAGUUGUUCCAAAGCUUGGUAAAGAGUUCAGUGUUUCUUUCGACGUGAAACCAAAUUCUUUUGCUGCUGAAUGGAGAAAUGUUAUCCAUUUUACUAUUGGUUCAAACAUAGGAAAUUAUGGUGAUAGAGUUCCAGGAGUGUGGUUCCAUCAAAAUGGCAAUGGAGGUCUUCAUAUUGCUGCUCCAAUUAACGGCAAUGCUAAUAGGUAUUUUGAUACAAAACCACUUGCCUUAAAUGAAUGGACAAAUGUUGAAAUUAGUCAGAAACUUGAAGAAAGUGUGUAUAUUUACAUUAUCAAAAUAAACGGCGAAAGUGUUUUUGCUGAAGAAAAUACACAACCUAAAAGUUUUGAAGAUGUUAAAGUCUAUGCAUCCGAUCCAUGGUAUCCAGUUCAAGAUGGUUCUAUUAAAGAUUUUUAUUUCAUUAAUGCAGCGAAUGAUUUAUUACCUUCACAAAAUCCACAAAUUCUAAGAAGAGAGCAAAUUUCAUAUAUCGAAACCCCAUUAGUGAAAGGAAAUUUGAUAGCUGUUAUUCCUAAGCUUGAUAAAGAAUUCAUUGUUUCGUUUGAUGUAAAACCAAACUCAUUUGAUGUUGGAUGGAAAAGUGUUAUUCAUUUUACAAUUGGUUCAGAUGUGUCAAGGUAUGGGGAUAGAGUCCCAGGAGUGUGGUUUCAUUAUAGUGGUAAUGGAGGUCUUCAUAUUGCAGCUCCAAUCAAUGGAAAUGUUAAUCGAUAUUUUGACACUGCACCAAUUGCUCUUAAGCAAUGGACAAAUGUUGAAAUAAGACAGCAUCUUGAAGGAAAUGCUUAUGUAUAUACUAUAAAACUAAAUGGAGAAAUUGUGUUUACUGAAAAAAAUAAUGAUGCUAGAAGUUUUGAAGAUGUUAAAGUCUAUGCGUCUGAUCCAUGGUAUCCAGUUCAAGAUGGUUCUAUUCGCGAUUUUUAUGUUUUAAAUCAGAAUAAUGAUUUAUUACUUUCACAAAAUUCACAUGUUUUAAGAAAAGAGCAAAUUUCAUAUAUCGAAACCCCAUUAGUAAAAGGAAAUUUGUUAGCUGUUAUUCCCAAGCUUGAUAAAGAAUUCAUUGUUUCAUUUGAUGUAAAACCAAACUCAUUUAAUGUUGGAUGGAAAAGUGUUAUUCACUUUACUAUUGGUUCAGAUGUGUCCAGAUAUGGGGAUAGAGUGCCAGGAGUGUGGUUUCAUCAUAGUGGUAAUGGAGGUCUUCAUAUUGCAGCUCCAAUCAAUGGUAAUAUUAAUCGAUAUUUUGACACUGCACCAAUUGCUCUUAAGCAAUGGACAAAUGUUGAAAUAAGACAGCGUCUUGAAGGAAAUGCUUAUAUAUAUACUAUAAAACUAAAUGGAGAAGUUGUGUUUACUGAAAAAAAUAAUGAUGCUAGAAGUUUUGAAGAUGUUAAAGUGUAUGCAUCUGAUCCGUGGUAUCCAGUUCAAGAUGGUUCUAUUCGGGAUUUUUAUGUUUUAAAUCAGAAUAAUGAUUUAUUACCUUCACAAAAUUCACAAAUUUUAAGAAAAGAGCAACUUUUGAAUAUUGAAACUCUAUUAGUGAAAGGAAAUUUGAUUGCUGUUAUUCCUAAACUUGAUAAAGAAUUCAUAGUUUCAUUUGAUCUAAAACCAAACUCAUUUAAUGUUGGAUGGAAAAGUGUUAUUCACUUUACUAUUGGUUCAGAUGUGUCCAGAUAUGGGGAUAGAGUGCCAGGAGUGUGGUUUCAUCAUAGUGGUAAUGGAGGUCUUCAUAUUGCAGCUCCAAUCAAUGGUAAUAUUAAUCGAUAUUUUGACACUGCACCAAUUGCUCUUAAGCAAUGGACAAAUGUUGAAAUAAGACAGCAUCUUGAAGGAAAUGCUUAUAUAUAUACUAUAAAACUAAAUGGAGAAGUUGUGUUUACUGAAAAAAAUAAUGAUGCUAGAAGUUUUGAAGAUGUUAAAGUCUAUGCAUCUGAUCCAUGGUAUCCAGUUCAAGAUGGUUCUAUUCGCAAUUUUUAUGUUUUAAAUCAGAAUAAUGAUUUAUUACUUUCACAAAACUCACUCAUUUUAAGAAAAGAGCAAGUUUCAUAUUUUGAAACUGCAUUAGUGAAAGGAAGUUUGAUAGCUGUUAUACCCAAGCUUGAUAAAGAAUUUAUUGUUUCAUUUGAUGUAAAACCAAACUCAUUUGAUGUCGGAUGGAAAAGUGUUAUUCAUUUUACUAUUGGUUCAGAUGUGUCCAGAUAUGGGGAUAGAGUGCCAGGAGUGUGGUUUCAUCAGAAUGGUAAUGGAGGUCUUCAUAUUGCAGCUCCAAUCAAUGGUAAUAUUAAUCGAUAUUUUGACACUGCACCUCUUGCCCUUAAGCAAUGGACAAAAGUUGAGAUAAGACAGCAUCUCGAAGGAAAUACAUACAUAUAUACUAUAAAACUAAAUGGGGAAGUCGUGUUUACUGAAAAAAAUAAUGAUGCUAGAAGUUUUGAAGAUGUUAAAGUUUAUGCAUCUGAUCCAUGGUAUCCAGUUCAAGAUGGUUCUAUUCGCGAUUUUUAUGUUUUAAAUCAGAAUAAUGAUUUCUUAUUUUCACAAAAUUCAAACAUUUUAAGAAGAGAGAUAAUUUCAUAUAUUGAAAGACCAUUAGCAAAAGGAAGUUUGUUAGCUGUUAUUCCUAAGCUUGAUAAAGAAUAUUUUGUUUCGUUUGAUGUAAAACCAAACUCAUUUAGUGCUGGAUAUAAAAACAUUAUUCAUUUUACUAUUGGUUCAGACGUGACAAGAUAUGGUGAUAGAGUGCCCGGGGUGUGGUCUCAUCAUAGUGGUAAUGGAGGUCUUCAUAUUGCAGCUGCAAUCAAUGGAAAUGUUAAUCGAUAUUUUGACACUGCACCAAUUGCUCUUAAGCAAUGGACAAAUGUUGAAAUAAGACAGCAUCUUGAAGGAAAUGCUUAUAUAUAUACUAUAAAAUUAAAUGGAGAAAUUGUGUUUACUGAAAAAAAUAAUGAUGCUAGAAGUUUUGAAGAUGUUAAAGUCUAUGCGUCUGAUCCGUGGUAUCCAGUUCAAGAUGGUUUUAUUAAGAAUUUUUAUAUUUUAAAUCAGAAUGAUGAUGUAAUGAAUAAUGAAAUUGAGAGCUCCUGUAAAAUGAUCUCUCCAAAUGAGCGAACAGACUGUGGCUGGCCUGGAAUAUCAGAAAGUGAAUGCAACAAACGAAGUUGCUGUUUUGAUAGCUCUAUACCAAAUGUCAACUGGUGCUUUUUUUCAAGCAAUUUAGUAAGCAAUAUAUAUUCAUUUGAAUCUUACAACUAUCCUCAGUAUCAAAUUGGUAUCAGAGACGAUAAAACUGCAGCAAUAAUAUUAAAUAGUAAUGAGGGUUAUCGGAUUGUUAAAGCUCUAAAUGGGCAGGCUGAUGCAGUCUCGUUUCAAUCGGCUAAAAACAGCAAAAUGUACCUACGUCAUCAGAACGCUAUUCUUCAUCUGCAUCCAAUUGAAAGUAGUUCUGAACUUUUCAAAAACGAUGCCUCUUUUAUUAUUCGUGAAGAUAAAUAUUAUACUGGCUACGUUUCGUUCGAGUCCACGAACUAUCCUGGUUUUUUUCUUAGACAUCAAGGUUAUACUUUAAAACUUCAUAAAGACGAUCCUAACACUGAACUUUACAGGAAAGAUGCAAGCUUUAAACUUAAGAAGUUAUAAGUAGUUUAAAAUCUUGUGUUACAGAAUAUUUAUUUUCUGAUUUAAAUAAAUUAAUCAUGUUGAUUUUAAAGAA